CUCAUCACCACCAUUCACACACCAACCCAACCCAACCCAACUCCUUUCAUCUUUUCUUCCUGAAACAAAACCAAACAAACCCCACACGUUUCUCUUCUUUUGCAAUUUGUCCCCUCCUUUCCUUUUUCUGUUGAGAACCAACCCCCUCUUAAACCCGCCACCUCUUUCCUUUGGUCCCCCCAUCUUCUUCAAAAACAACUUCUGGGUCUCUGAGAUUUUGUUCACAGAAAACCAAAAAAAAAAAAAAACUAGAAAGAUUUUUGAUGCAGGGUGUUGUUGUUGUUCUUGGAGGUGCUACAAGAAGUGGGUCGGUAUCCACUUUGUCAAUGGAGGACAACAACCUAGUCUUGUCCUCUGAGGAUUCUUCUAGCCCAGAUGAGUCUGAGCUUGAGUUGGGUCUUGGCUUGAGCCUUGGUGGUACUGCUACUGCUUGCAAGCCCCAACAACACUAUGCUAGGAUUUUGACUGCGAAGGAUUUUCCUUCUGUGGGUUCUUCAGUUUCAGUUUCAGCUUCUUCUUCUUCGUCAUCUUCAUCUUCUUCUUGUUCCUCCUCAUUGAGCAGAGCUAAUGUUACUGCUGGGACCAAGAGAAGUGCUGAUUCUGUUGCUGCUGCUGCUAAUGGUGCCAGCAGUCAGGUUGUGGGAUGGCCUCCUAUAAGAUCAUAUAGAAUGAAUAGUUUGGUCAACCAAGCAAAAUUACCAGCCACUGAAGAAUUCAACUCACUGAUUGGGAACAGUAAAAACAGCAAUACUGUGGCUGGGAAGGGAACUAACAAUUGCAGUGACAAGAACAAUGGUAGUGCCAAAGAAAAUGGGCGCUUAAGGAGUUCUCUGUUUGUGAAGGUGAAUAUGGAUGGAACUCCUAUUGGAAGGAAGGUUGAUCUGAGUGCACACAGAUGCUAUGAAACCUUGGCACAAACUCUGGAGGAUAUGUUUCACACAUCAACUUCAACAAUAAGCUCAAUACGAUCAAGUGGGGAGGAACAUGACAAAGCAACAAGAUCAUCAAAAAUGCUGGGUGGAUCAUCUGAUUUUGUGCUUACAUAUGAAGACAAAGAGGGAGACUGGAUGCUUGUUGGGGAUGUUCCUUGGGGGAUGUUCAUUAACUCUGUAAGGAGGCUAAAAAUUAUGAGGACAUCUGAAGCUAAGGGACUUGCUCCAAGGUCAGAAGAAAGGAAUGGGAGGCAAAGAACCAAUCCCAUCUAGACCUGGUUUUCAGAACUUUAGCAACUGACGAUACAUGGCUUGAAAGAGAUAUACAAAAGAGAGAAAGUUACAGCAUAGUCAAUGCAUUUUGAAAAGUAAUGAUUGAUCCACGGCUCUUCUAUUUGUUUUGGGUUGUGAUUUUCUUGAAUAUAUAUAUGUAUAUUUUUUCUGUUCAGUUGUUUUUGUUACUAUACUCCUGGGAGUUCUAUCCCUGCCUUUUGGAAGCCACAGGCAUCUUAGUUUUCAAUGCCAUACUGCUAUACACAUGCAUAGUUCAGUAAAUAUUGUUUGUUUAUGCUGUAAA